CGGAAUCUUAUUUUGUAUGCAAAACAGCAUCGUCAACGAUGAUAGCGCAACAGUGAUUAUUGUUACCUGUGUAUUUCUUCGGAAACGGAGUUACUCGCGAUUUUCCUAAGGUCGCGCAAUUGAGUUUUCCGCGGGAAAACAAUGUCUGGAUAUCGAAGAGUGAAUUACUACGAACUGUGCAGAUUGUGUACCAGCAGCGAAGGAACCAAAAUGAACAUUUUCCGAGAAGAAGGCCGUAGACUGCAUCUUCAUUCAAAAAUUCAAACAUAUUUACCUGUACAGGUUUUAGAAGAGGAUUCAUUACCAAAAAUUGUUUGCCAUGAAUGUGUGAAAAAAUUAGAAAACUUUAUUGAAUUUAGAGAAACAGUUAUAAGUGCAGAGAGUAUGCUAGAAUCAUAUUUUACUUCACUGCGAUUCUCUGAAGAUUUCUUAAAAGAAGGUAAGGUUUAUGUGAAAAGCACAGAAAAAGAUAGACCUGUAACACCUGAGAGUGAAGUACUAAAGACAAUAGAAAAAAUAGCACCUACUACAGGAAAUCAAAUAGUGAACAAUGAUCAACAAAUGCAACAUCAACAACCUGUUGUCGUUAGUAACAUAAAUGCUUCUAAUAUUCAAAUUAUCAGUGGAGUUCAAGCAAGAGUUCAACAAUAUAAAUGUGCCAUGCAGAUGCAACCAGGAGGUAUGGCAGCUGCUGUUGUAGAAGCAACAGCAGAAACACAUUAUAGUUAUCAACAACAAACUUCGCAGCAAGUAUCACCUCAACAAUCAAAUGAAGCACAAAAUCAAAUUAAUGAUCAACAGAGUCCAACCACACAAAUUCAACAAGUGCAAAAUCAAAUCCAGAAUCAUGGCCAAAUACAAUCACAAAGACAAAUUUCUCAACAAAUUAAUCAGUCAGCUCAUAUUUCUCAUCCACAAAAUCAAACACAAGUUGGUCAACAACAGCAGCAGCAACAAAAUCAAUCACAAAUAACACAACAAAUUCAACAGUUACAAAGACAGCAAAGGGAAUUUGAAAAACAACAUAGACAACUUCAACAAAUUGAAAAACAGGUGCAAAUUACUUCUCAGCAAGAAUUUCCUAUUAAGCAGGAACCUCAAGCACAAGUAGUACAUCAAAAUAAUAACAUCAUUUUAAAAGCAGAACCUGAAUCUAAACAAAAUCAACAGAUUAUUCAAAAGGUACAAUCUGAAACUCAGAAAGAUGAAAGUGCAACACAAAAUGUACAAAGUUAUACAACUGUACAGGCUACACCAGAAGUAUUUUUAAAUUUAGGAUUCAAAGAAACUCCUUUGGUCACACAAACUGUUCGAGAUGAAGGAAAAGAGUUCAAAGAUUUUGCAAAAUCAGAAGAUUCCAUAUCUCGUAACUCAAUUGGACAAAUUUCAGAAUUUUUAAGAAUAAAAUCAGGGCCUGAACCAACAUCUCUAAUUACUGUGAAUCCUCAAGUUAUUUCACAAACUCAUAGGAAUGCCACAUGCAAAGAUUGUGGCAAAAUGUUUUCCUCCAUAAAUCAAUUAAAUGGUCAUAGUUGUUCUGUUCAAAGUCUUUUAAGUGAAACCUCUGAGAAUAGUGGUAACAAAGAAGAUCCUUUACAAACUAAUAGCAAUUCUUUUAGUUGUGAUGUUUGUGGUAAACCAUUCAAACGAAGAGAACAUCUUUAUCAGCAUAGGAAAUUACAUACUGGUGAACGUCCAUAUGUGUGUACUACAUGUUCAAAAGCAUUUAGUCGCAAAGAACAUUUAGUUAGGCAUUCUGUAUCUCAUACAGGUGAAAAGAUGCAUGAGUGUGAAAUGUGUGGUAAAAGCUUUUCUCGAAAAGACAAUCUUCACAAACAUCGUAAAACACAUGGUGUAUCAGGUCCAUAUAUUUGUGAAACUUGUGGGAAAUCAUUUGUGGUAAAGCAUUAUUAUUUAAUGCAUUUAACAACUCAUGCUUCAACUAUUGGGGAUGGUGUAAAUUGUCAGGAUCCCUUACCAUACAAGUGUGAUAUUUGUCACAAGGCAUUCUCUGUAAAACAAUACCUUACAACUCACAAACUUAGGCAUAGAUCGAAAAAUAAUAAUAAUUCUGCUCAGAAUGCUGUAAAUGGUCAGCAGCAGCAGCAGCAGCAGCAGCAACAGCAACAACAACAACAAACACAACAAUCUAAUACUACAAAUAAUGUAAACAUAGUUACAAAUAAUGUUGCUAAUUCUGGAAACCUAAAUAAUAGCAAUGGACAGUCUAAUAAUGGAUCAACAGUUGAAAUGCAAAGUGUUAUUGAAAGAAAUGAACAACCAAAUGGUUCAUUUAAUAAUCAGUAUCAUAAUAAUAUACAGGAGUUUCAAUGAGA